AACCGCGCAGGCAUCGGGGUCCUUCAGACUCAUGGCGCUGGAUUCUGAGCGCUGCGUGUGUUGAAUGUUGUUCAGAUAAUAGGCCGUAUUACAAUUUUUAUACAGUCUAUGAUUACAACAUUAUACGUCGGUAUUUCUAGGAAGGAUUUAAUAUCGCGGUGUUAUGGAGGAGGUGGAUGUUGAGCCCAGUCCCACGCUCAUUCCCAGCGCUGGAUUUCACCAGAGGCAUUUGGGUUUUGAAUGGGGUCCUGGAGAUCUGUUAGUCUAUGAGACGAACUACAAACUGCAAGGUCCGAGGUCUGCAGGCUCUCCGUUCGUUCACAUCGUGUGGAAAGAUGAAGACAUCUGCUCUCCCAUCCUGCGCAAACUCUUCAACGAGUCCCAUCUCAUCUUCGUGGGGCUGCAGAAAAUCAAAGAGGACAUGCCCAGCAAAAACAAGAAGUCACAGUUUGUGAGCAUCAGUAAGAACUACAGGUCUGUGAUCAGAGCCUGUAUGGAGGAGCUGCAGCAGAACGCAGUUUCAACACAAGAGGGUUCUUUAGCGUCACAGUAUGGAGAUCAGGUCUCUAUUCUUUUGGCGAUCGAGCUCAUAUGGAACUUGUGUGAGGUUCUCUUCAUCGACGCAGCUCCAGCCGGGUCUCUGCUGCUCCACCUGCUGGAUUGGGUGCGUCUGCACAAGUCAGACGUGGACGCGAGAGCGCGAGAGGUGUUACAGAGCGACAGCCCCGCCCAUCAUCAGUCCUACUGGGACGUGGUGAUCAGUUUAGUCCUGCAGGGCCGCGUGGAUGAAGCCCGUCAGGUGCUGUCCAAACAGGCGUCUCUGCGGGCGGAGAGCAGCUCUGUGUUUAAACGCAUGGACGUCCUGUUACAUACCAUGCCCAUCUUUAACCCCACAGGAACUCAAACGCUGACUGAGUUUGAUGUCAAAUGGAGACACUGGCACGAGGAGUGUGACCGCUGUCUCCAAGACAACACCUUCGCUAGCAACCGUCACCUGGAGACCAUCUGCAAGAUCCUGGUCGGUGAUGAAGACACGAUACUGGAGCAGAAAGAGCUGCUGAGCACCUGGUAUCACUUCCUGGUCACGCGGCUGCUCUUCACUCACCCGACCAUCAAACCGCCCGAUCUGCACUACUACGCACAAGUACAUACAACCAGUCCUAUUCUACUGUCAUUGAGAUACUGUUAUAAAUCUGGUUCAGUUAUGAACUACUCAGAACAAUGUAUUUAUCAUACGUGUGUGUGUGUGUGUGUGUGUGUUAGUCUGUGGCAGCUGGCGGUGGAUUAUUUCGAUCACUGUCCUGAGUUCGGUCGCGUGUAUCUGGAGCUGCAGAUCGAGAGAGUCCCACUCGACACUGAACGCAAAGCUAUUAAAGUCCUGCGAAUCUGUGAGGACAGACAGAUGAGUGAACAGGUGCGCAGCAUAUGUAAGAUUAUGGCUAAAAGAGCUCUGAGGAACAACAGACUGGGAUCUGCUCUGUCCUGGAGCAUCAGAGCCAAAGACGCUGCGUUCGCUACACUCAUCUCGGAGAGGUUUCUUCAGGAUUACUGUAACAAAGGCUCUUUCACAGAUCUGGAUCUGUUGGAUAAUCUGGGUCCUGCCAUGCUGCUCAGUGACAGACUGACGUUUUUAGGAAAGUACCGUGAGUUUCACAGGCUCUACGGUGAGAAUCGUUUCUCCGAGGCGGCCAAACUCCUGCUGUCCCUCAUGACGGCAAAGAUCGCCCCGCGCAGUCUGUGGAUGACGCUGCUGACCGACGCGCUGCCGCUGCUGGAGCAGAAAGAGGUGAUCUUCUCAGUGGAUCAGACGUAUGAGCUCAUGUCCUGUCUGGAGGAGCUGAACUCUGGAACCAAAGACUCAAGCCAGACAGACCAGGAUGAAGAUAUCGAGUCCACGAAGACGGAGCUCCUGCGACUGGCUCUGGCCCGUAACCUCGCCAUGGCCAUCGUCAAAGAGGGAACAAUAGAAACAUAAAUUCAUCUGAUCAUCCAAUCAAUCACUUACAGCUGUUUUUCACUCUAUUUGUGUCCUGUACAUAAUUCAUAAACAUGACUUCUUUUAUAAAACUUUUUCCAGUAUUUGCAAAAAAA